AUGAUGUCUGCCGCUCAUUAUUUUAGACUUAAGUUCAGAUCUGGUAGACAUUCUACCCAUACAUCAGGACUUUGUCCUGGUUUUGGACAAGGAAAUUUGAUUGUGUUACCAGAAGAAGCAGCGGACGAUUUCAUUGAUUUAUGUUACAGAAAUCCUGUUUUUUGUCCUUUAUUAGGUCAAACUCCUGUUGGAAACCCGCGAGAAAUAGAUAAUAAGGGUGUUAUUAAUGAUAAUGAUUUUAAUAUAACUACCGACAUUCCCAAAUAUAAUAUAUAUGAGCAUGGAAAGCUUCUUUCUAGCAAAGGAGAUAUUAGAGAGGAGUGGUGUAGCAAUCAUAUAGCUUUUAUCAUAGGUUGUUCAUUUUCCUUUGAACAUGCCCUUGGUGAUAAUGAUCUUACACCCAAGCAUUCUUUAGUUGGUUCGAAUGUUUCAAUGUUUCGAACAAAUAUACUACUCAAUCCUGCUGGUAUUUUCAAAAAUUGUCAUGCUGUCGUAAGUAUGCGACCGUAUAAAUAUACAGAUAUUGAAAAGAUUCGCAAUAUUAGUAGAAAAUUUAGAAAAACUCAUGGGGAACCAAUUGACUGGGGAUUUGACGCAAUCGAACGUUUAGGCAUACAAGAUCUAAAUAAUCCAGAAUAUGGAGAUGCGAUUGAAAUCGAUGAUGAUGAAAUUCCUAUUUUCUGGGGAUGCGGUGUUACACCUCAAACUGCGGUUGAGCAAGUUGGUGAUGUAAUUAGAGGAAAAGUUAUGGGCCAUUCACCAGGUCAUAUGUUAAUUUUAGAUAUUAAGGACAAUGAAAUCAUAAAUUUGUAA